AUGAACAGUUUUAGUGGCCAGUGCUCUGGAAAAUCGUACGACGGUCCGAAACCAUCGUUCGAUGGUGAUCUUGAGUCCAACCAUCCGGUUGAAUUUUUGCAAGAGUUGGAACAAUACAUGUUUAAUACCCGGUUGGAUCCACGUUGCCGCUUACAACUUGCCUUAUCGUGUUUGGAAGGACCAGCAAAAAUCUGGGCCCGUGGAUUCGGAUAUUUGUUAACUGAUUAUGAGAAAUUUAGCUCCCAUUUUCUACAACACUAUUGGGGCCAGCGAGCUCAAAGAUUAGUUCGUGAAGAGCUAUUAGGAGGCAGUUAUACGCCCCGUAGUCCAUCUAAAAUGGCCGAAUAUUUUCUAGGAUUAGUGGCAAAAGCGCGAUAUUUGAGUACCGCUCCGACAGAGCUGGACCUCAUCUUACAAUUGACACAGCAUUUUUCUCGGAACGUAGCGAUGCGUUUGAGCUCCUGUAUAGAUAUACCGUCUGCAUAUUUCCUGCUUCAAACAGAGGACUACUACCAAAAUAAUAGUCAAAGGGCUAACUCUAAUUGGCGAGGCCGCAAUGAUUACAACCAAGCUCCAGCACAAGCGGGACCUAGUAGCAGAAACUGGAGAAGUAUGUCUAAUCAAUCGAAUGAAGCUCCAGUAAACAGAAAUAUUCGGGCCACGAUCGCGGAGAUGGAUGAAGAGCAAGAACUAAAAACCCAUCCUGUUGCUAAUAUUUUUCUCGGUUCGGAUGAAUUGCUGAGGGAAGCUGAAACAGGAGAGAUAGCGAUUCGAUUCGAGAAAUCACCGAUUAUUGAAGUGAAUAUUGACAGUUUAAAAAAGACUUCGCUGCUGGAUAGUGGUAGUGAGCUUAGUUGCAUCGACAAAGCCUUAUAUUGUGAGCUAAAAGCGAGAGGUGCAAAAUUUUGUGAGUUCCCGGUACACAAAACUUGUAUACAAGGUGCUUACGGAAAGAAGAAAAAAACAAUUUCCAAUCAAAUAUUCGUCCCUAUCAAAAUACGUGGAGAGUCUGUUGAUGUGGCCUUAAUAGUGGUGGAUGAACUAUGCAGCCCACUAAUAUUUGGCAUGGACACGUUGAACCACCUGAAAGCUCAGCUAUUGUUCGAGAGUCGGGAAGCAGUUGUAGAUAUAAACGGAAAAAUACUAGUUUUGCCGUUUAAUAUCGAUACCGGACCAUUAGGUGUACCCAUCCAACUGAACGCUAUCGAUGCCGAUGUGAAACCAGAGUCACCAACCAAACCCUAUGAUGACUUAUCGCCUUUAUCUGGCGAUUUCGAAAUGACAACGAAGCAGAAGUUCGAAUUGAGUGAGCUGGAAAAGGAAUUUGCUGAUAUAUUCUCGGACAAGCCGGGACGUACUUCACUCUAUGAGCACGAGAUUCGAGUUACUGAUGUUACCGCUUUCAACCAGAAACAGUAUCCUAUUCCGUAUCGUUAUAUGGACAAUGUACGAGAACAGAUCGCGAAAAUGGAAGAGUGGGGAAUUAUAUCAAGAGAGCCUACUGCCUACGUCAACCCCCUGGUGACCACUAUAAAAAAAUCGGGAGAGGUCCGUGUUUGCCUGGAUGCUCGUCGUCUUAAUAAAGUGUUGGAAAGAGAUAACGAGAAGCCUCCCGAAGUUCAUCGAAUGCUCCAAAAACUAGAUGGAUCUCGCAUUUUUUCGCUCAUCGAUUUGACCAGUUCUUAUUGGCAAAUACCCAUUAAACGGGAGCAUCCCGGUUACCUCGGCAGUUUUCUGUCCAACAGUCUCAAGACCAACCAGCUGGAGGUCAACACCGAUUCGAAAACGCUCCGACCAAUCGCUCGCCUGAAAGAACCACGUGAGCUUUUCGCACUGCCUAAGGAACGGGAUUAUGACUGCCCCCAGCAAGCCCCCAGAUGGCCGAUCGAGUGCCAGGUUUUGGAGGAACGUAUCUACCACAUCAACUAUGCUCCCGAAUCACCGGAACCGUACUAUCAACCUACGGGGAAGGAACUUCAGCCCCGGCCCGUCGGCGAAGAAAACGGAGUGAUCCUAUUCAACUACAAUCCAACAAGUGCCGUUCACUAUACCCCUCCCAGUUCACUCAGCUCGUCGCCGCCUCUGCUAUCCCUGCUACCUCAAACUCCUGACGAAUUUUAUCACUGUUCUGCCACUAACGACUACCACCUGCUGCAAGAGCUAGCUUUGGAGUGCGUUCAAUAUCUGUUUCAAGAUGAACCCGCUGAGUAUUGCUCCACUACCGAUGCCGAUUAUGAUGAUGAUUGUAAUCAAGAUAUAACCGAAGAAAUCGCUCUAAUUACUGAUCAAGAUAGCCAGAGCGAUUCGGACGCAAGUAACACUUUCCCAUCCGUACAGGGUCACUCCUCGGACCGCUCGUAUACAAGUCCAGAUUUUGAUUUAGACGAUUUACGGUGGCGUUGCUACGGCUUCCAUAAUGACAGUGACGAUGAAGAUUCCCGUAGUAGUGAAACAAGCAAUAGCAGCAUUGACCAGAAUAUGUUGCGAUACGAUGCCAGCGAGUAUGGCGCUGCAAUGGCAUACGAAGAAAUCAAUGAUGAGUCCGAAAUUUUUACGCGAGAACAACUGGAGAAGCUGGCUUUAGAACAGUUGCAACGUGACACAGAAACUUUGAACGAGAAUGAAGAUCUGUGUUCAUCGGCAAGUCCGAUUCUCGCUGAAGAACCACAGCCGUACGCAGCAAGUAGUGAUGAGUGUAGUGCAGAAACAAACCACGCUGGGAUUCGCAGUUGCAAUAGCAGCCACAGCUUCUAUGCUAGUGAGCCGGAAUCCGACAAUGACUCGGAAGGCGAGCAGAGCAAACAUGACGGGAUCGACGAACCGGCACUCCUUCUCAACCCCGCAAUCACACAGCACACUCGAGACGGCACCGACGACGUUGACGAAAACAACAACAAGCACACUUUCUCGUCUUCCACCGAUAGCUCACCGACUCCUACCGUUCCUCCUGUUCCGCAGUUUAGCCGCUCGACGGUCGGUGGUUCCAAGGCGCAACCAACGGCGCAUCCCAAUGCGUUCGAACCGGACGAUCUGAUCUUCGAGUCCCGCUUCGAGAGCGGUAAUCUCGGUCGGGCCAUUAAGAUAACGCCAACUUACUACGAGCUGUACCUGCGGCCGGAUAUGUACACCAAUCGGCACACGCAGUGGUUCUACUUCCGAGUGAAGAACACCAAGGCCAAGGUGAUUUACAGGUUUUCAAUCAUUAACCUCACCAAACCGGACAGCUUGUACAAGGAGGGAAUGCGUCCGCUCAUGUACUCCACGUUAGAUGCCGAGUACAACCAUGUAGGAUGGCAACGUUGCGGGGAAAAUAUUUCCUAUUUUCGUAAUGAUAGUGAUAACGGUUACAACCACGGCAGCUACCAUCACCGGCCAGCCGACGACGACGAUGACGACUAUAUGGGAAAUAGUUCGUUCACGCUAUCGUUCAACAUCGAGUUCCGAUUCGAUGACGAUACGGUUUAUUUUGCGCACAGCUACCCGUACACUUAUUCCGAUCUGCAGGACUACCUGAUGUGCAUCCAGCGGAAUCCGGUCAAGUCCAAGUUCUGUAAGUUGCGGUUGCUGUGCCGUUCGCUGGCCGGCAACAACGUGUACUACCUGACCGUAACGGCGCCUUCGACGCACGAAGAUGACAAUCAAAAGAAAAAGAAGGCGGUUAUUAUCACCGCACGUGUUCAUCCUGGCGAGAGUCCUUCCUCGUGGAUGAUGAAGGGUCUCAUGGACUUUAUCACCGGUGAUUCAUAUGUGGCGAAGAAACUUCGCCACAAGUUUAUUUUUAAGCUUGUGCCUAUGCUCAAUCCGGAUGGGGUUAUCGUGGGGAACACCCGUAGCUCCCUAACCGGUCGUGAUCUCAACCGACAGUACCGGACCGUAAUCCGGGAGACAUAUCCGUCGAUCUGGAACACGAAAGCAAUGAUUAGAAGACUGAUGGAGGACUGCGGCGUGGCAAUGUACUGCGACAUGCACGCCCAUUCACGCAAGCACAAUGUGUUCAUCUAUGGCUGCGAAAAUCUGAAGCGACAUCCGGACCGGCGCCUGCUGGAGCAGGUCUUCCCGCUGAUGUUGCAUAAGAAUGUGGCCGAUAAGUUUUCGUUCGAGAACUGCAAAUUCAAGGUGCAGAAAAACAAGGAAGGCACCGGCCGAAUCGUGGUGUGGGUCCUGGGCGUCACCAACAGCUACACCCUGGAGGCUUCCUUCGGUGGAAGCACGAUGGGCGGUCGAGCCGGGACGCAUUUUUCCACGGCGGACUACGAGCACAUCGGUCGGGCGUACUGUGAAACGCUGAUGGACUACUAUGACGAUAAUCCGAUUAAAGAGAAACUACGUAUGAAGAUCCUGACCCGGUUGUCUAAAGAGGGUUCUAGCGCGGAAGAACCGCUUAAUAUUCCACUGUCGGACUAUUCUAGCGACGAAGGGGACACUAGCACGAGCAGCUCCGAGGAUGAGGCUGGCAAGGACAGUAUGGCCGAGCUGGAAGGACCCUGCUGUUCGUCGCUCAGAGUGCCUCCAUCUUCUCCGGUACUGCCUCAGAAGCUGAAAGGCAACAAGAAGAACAAAAAACAACCCCCCAAAUCCUAUCGGAGACGGUCUCGAAACGCACAACGCAUCGUGCUGGAUAUUCCAACGGCGGAACCGGCCAGCGACUUUUUUGAUUUCACAUCCGACGAGGAGUCGCCUCUCGGCCAUCAUCGUUUUGCAGCGUCCGACACAGAGAAUAGGGUAAAGAAAAACUUUCGACGUAGAUACAAACGACACUCGGACCGUAUUAAGAAACUAACGGCGCUGGGUUGCGAGACACAAUUUCUGAUGCCACCGGAGCUGAUCGUUCGCUCGGCUACCAGCCGGUACAUGUCCGAAGACGAGGACGACAAGAAUAAAAUGGUGAUUAGUAUAAUCAAGGAAUUUCCCCCCGUGAUUGGAAAGGAACGAUUAUGGCAGGGCUUUAACCGUGCCAAUGCCGAGAGAACUCGAGAGCUUACGAAACCGAUUACUCCGGACAACUUCUAUCCACAGAUAUCUUUCCGGCGUUCGAUUUGGACUGGUACACAUUCCGAUGGUUAUGUUAAUGAAAUUACUUUAAGCCCGAAGCCUUUGUCCUGGGGUGUGCCGCCAGUGUUGGUUAAAUCCGCACAAUUCGAUAAUGAAGCUCUGCUUACAGCCUGUUCUCAAAAGCUAGCAGCCUGGAAAGACGAAAAGCGCCAUUUAAAAGAACGACAUCACAGAAACAUAUCUCGGCUGACCGCAGCAACCGGAUCUCGCGGAGACAAAGAGAACCGUUCAAUUAUAAGCAGUGCCGUUCCGAGAACAAAAUUAACAUCAAAUGAACAGCAUGGCAAGCCAAAAUUAACUAUGGACAAAAAGUUAGGCGAUAGUUUUGAAGGAACCGGAAUGGUUAAAGUUCGCAAAAAAACAAGAAACACACUCAACAAAAUUUCCGAAAAAGCAGAAAUGUUUUCGAAUCUUUCACGAAGUGCCCGCUCUAGCCAAUCGCGCCGCAUAGUGGCCGCCGCAUUUCUCUCAAGUGGUUCGCCCCGAAAAGCGACCAGUAGCAAUAACUUGUUGACAACUACUAGCUCUAUGGUACAAACCGUACCGACUGGGGCAAGUGCCCUGAUAGUUUCUAGUCAAUCAUUGAAAACUCCAAACCACCAGGCAGGUGGAAGCUCCAAAUUUAAAACCGGAGGAAUAGUUGUAACAGCUGCCCAGCCAUUUCCGAAACAACGCAAGGGAACCCUUCGGGCGGUACGAACUCCCAUCACAGUCCUGCCAUCAGCCGGAAAUGGAAAUCCAUCGCCUACGAAGCUGCCUCCGGCGCCAACAACGCACACAAUCGAUCUACAACUGACUACACUUUGUUCCGAAACGGAAUCGGAAAAGAACCUUCGGGUUCAGAUUGGUUCGAAGAAGCAUAAAAAGAAACGGAUGGGAAAUAAGGAUAAAUCGGUCCGAAUUGUGACACUGAACUGA